UCAACUUGCAAACGCACGACAACCACAAAUCUGCCUUCCGCAACGCUCCCUUUCCCACCUCCCCCCGUGCCCUCACCACAGCUCCGACUCGACACUCGUUCUUCUCUGCAUCUUGUCACGUUUCUCAUCAUUCGGCGUAGGAUCGCCAGCUUCACACUAACCACCGCGAAACCUCUCCGCCGUCAUGGCGCAGAACCGGCACUGGGAGCAGGACAAGGAGGCGACCGUCUACAUCGGGAACAUCGACGAGCGCGCCACCACGGCCAUGGUGUACGAGAUCAUGCUCCAGAUGGGCCCCAUCCACAACAUCCACAUGCCGCGCGACCGCGUCACGCAAAACCACCAGGGCUUCGGCUUCGUCGAGUUCCGCGGCCCCCAGGACGCCGAGUACGCGGCUCAGGUCAUGAACGGCAUCAAGCUCUACGGCAAACCCCUGCGCGUCAAUAAGGCCAGCGCCGACAAGCAAAAGGGCGCCGACGUGGGCGCCGAGCUCUUCGUCGGAAACCUCGACCACUUGGUCGACGAGAAGCUCCUCUACGACACCUUCUCGCGCUUCGGCCCCCUCCUCAGCCUCCCCAAGGUCGCCCGCGACGACAGCGGCAACAGCAAGGGCUUCGGCUUCAUCAGCUUCGCCGACUUUGACAGCAGCGACGCCGCCAUCGACAACCUCAGCGGUGUGUACCUCCUCAGCAAGGAGAUCUCGGUCCAGUAUGCCUUCAAGAAGGACGGCCGCGGUGAGCGCCACGGUGACAAGGCCGAGCGCCGGCUGGCGGCUCAGGCCAAGCUGCGCAACAUCGUCCCCGAGGCCCAGCCCAUUCCCCAGGCCUUCCUCCAGCAGCCCACCACCGGUGCAAAUGCCACGCCCACGGGCGCAGCUGCCCCGGGCACCACGCUUCCGCAUCCCCAGGGCCCUCCCCCAAGCUUCGACCCUUCGGCCGCCAGCGGUGGCAUGCCUCCUCCUGGCCCCGUCGGCAUUCCCCCUCAUGCGCCCCCCCCUCCGCACGCCAUGCCCGCCGGCUUCGCCCCGCCCCCUCAGCACCGCGGACCCUCGCCGUACGGUGCAGGCGGCCAGUUCCCGCCUCCUCCUGCGGUCGGCGCUCGUGGCUCUGCUGCUCCUCUGGGCCCUCCUCCCGCAGGCCUGCCCGCUCGCCCGCCCCAGAGUCCCGCCGGCUUCGCCAACCCUGCUGACUAUCACCCGGGCGGCGGCUUCCGCCCUCCCAACGGCUCGCCCGCCCAGCAGGGCUUCCCGGCGCCGCCCCCUGGCUUCCCCGGUCCGCCACCACCCGGCGCCACGAGCACGCCGCCCGCGGUGCCCCCCGGCUUCCAGCCUCCUCCCGGAUUUCAGCCCCCGCCUGGCUAUCCUCGUCGCUAAGCAGCGACCACGUCCAUGACGACGUCAACACGGCCGUGUGGCUUGUCCGCGGCCUAAGCGUUACAUCACGCCCUCGACACAGAAUCAACCCCUUCAUGUACAACUACUGUAAGAAAAACACUCAUUGUGGUUGUGGGCCAGAUGCGGCCAGGUAUCUUACAACGAGAGAGACGCACCUGCCCGGCCUAAAGAACAAUGACAGCCAAGCCCGUUUUUG